GAUUGGUUUAAUGAUAGUGGGACGAGUGGUGACCAAUGGCGGAAUUGGUAAAAGUCCAAAGCUAAUCUCCGAGAUACACUCCUCCGACAGGACGAUUCCUACCAGCUGUGCCCGACACACCAUACAAGAUGGCCGAGAUCAACGCUUACAUAAAGGACUUCUACAACUCCACUGCCAUCAAAUGUGACUUCAUCUGCAAGGUCAAUGACUGGGACCUUACUCCUGACAUCAAGGAGAUCGUGGCUGAGCUUCACCCAGAGACAAUGAGGAGGUAUUACGGUUCCGGGCUUAUCAUUCCUGAAGGCAUUGAAGGAAAGCGUAUCCUUGACAUUGGAUGUGGAUCUGGUAGCCUCGUUUUCAUCUUGAGCAAGUUGGUUGGACCAACCGGAAGUGUUGUUGGCAUGGAUUUAACCCCAAAUCUGAUUACCGAGGGUAAGAACAGGGAGGACUACCACCGCGACAAAUGGGGAUACGACAAGAAAAACACCGAGUUCUUCGAAGGCAACGCCGAGAAUAUUUCCAACUUGGAGGAUGAGAGUUUUGACAUCGUUGUGUCCAAUGGUGUGUUUUGUUUGGUACCCAACAAAGCCAACGCGUUCGCCGAAGCCUUCAGGUUAUUGAAACCCGAUGGCGAAUUCUACCUGAACGAUGUGUACGGCGAGAAACCAGCCCCUCCAGAGAUGAAUAGCGACUUAAAAGCUUGGGACCUUGGCUUGACUGGAUCCCAGCUUCCUGGGGAAUUCCUUGCCUCGGCCAAGAAAGCAGGAUUCACCACUCCCUACCUGACUUGUGUCGGCCCUGUCAAUGUCAGUGAGGCCUAUAAGGCAAAGUUACCUGGAAGAAGGUAUAUUUGCGCGGGCAGCCGGAUGUACCGUUUGGCAGGCGGAAGUAACAGAGGGCCGGCUUCGGUGACGUACAAAGGCAACAUCAAAGGUCAUGAGUCAGAGUUGAGGUGGGACGUCAGUAUGACCUUUAAGAGUGGGAAGACGGUUACAGUGGACGGUGAACUUGCUACAGUUUUAGCCAGAACCCGCUACAGUGCGUUCUUCGACCUGGCGGACGCCCCCGGACCGGUCAACACUCAGCGUGGUCAGAACCCCUUCACGUACCUGGACCGGUUAGAAACCGGGGGGAAGAGUCUUCCCCAUAUCUACACGGUGGAGUAAGAGGCUACUGGCAAUGGCGUGAUGUAGGAAUGAAAGACGUCCAUGCUUGGUUACACGUUAUUGCCACUAAGGAACUGU